AUCUCCAGCAACGAGCAAUAAUAUGGUAAAUUCAAUUAUAUAAAAGAAAUUUACAAAGCAAAGACUCGUUCAUACUGAAACCCAAGGACGACCCCCCCCCCCCCAGUCGAGGAGGAAGCAGCAGCUGCGUCCAUGUCUCGUCGGGAGGGCCGCGAUUCCGACUCCAGACGGCACCGUUCCAGGUUCGAUCGAGAACCAAGUCCCAAGAGGUCGAGGAGGGAUGGGAAACCAGAAACAGAGAGAGUACCCAGCAACACUGAUUUGGAUGUUGGACGCCACAUAGACUGGGAUCACAAGCAUUCUCGUCAGCUGCAAGAUGCCUUACCCCUUGAGGCCCCAACAGCACCUGAUUCUAAGCAAGAAAAUAGGGUUGUGAGCAAAGACUCUGACAAGAAACCCAUUCAUCGGGAAGGGCCAAAACACUCUUCUGAUCCAACUAAUGUAACUCGGUCUCGAUCUUUUUUUCAGCAUGAUGAACGUGGUACCUUGAAAGUUAGUCGGAGUAUUGAUCGCAGAGCUACUGGUGAGCGUGGAUGGAGGGAUACAAAGGAUCCGCACGAUGAAAGGGCAGCAAACAAAAUAACUUAUAAUACACAGAGAAGAGAUGAGAAAUUACAGUCUAAGCAGGAUGACAACAGCAUCUGGCGGCAUGAUCGUAUCCUCAAACAUGAUGAUCAACCUCCACCUGCAAAGAAAAGACCAGCAUUUCGGGAGAGGAAGAUUCCAGUGGAUUCUGAAAAUGCUGAUGAAGCAGAAACGAAGACUGUAAAGUCGAGUAAUGUUGACCACUCUGUGGAAGGAAGUGGAAGAAGGGAGGAAAGAGGCCGCAACCAUUUGGACAGGCUGGAGAAGUCAUCAGCAGGAGACAGGAUGCCACCAAAGAGGGGAGAAGCUCAUAGGGAUGGCUUCCUUUCCAGAGAAAGGUUUGGUGUUAGUGGAAAUUACAGGGGAAGAGAUGGAAUCGGUGGAAGACAAGGGUAUCGUUCCAGUGGUACUCGUGUUGAGAAGUGGAAGCAUGAUUUGUAUAACCCUAGUAGAAGUCCGCCCCCCAAAAAUGAAGAUGAUCAAAUUGCAAAGCUUGAAGCACUCCUGACUUCGUAAAAGUAGUUAGGUUUUGAUAUGCCUGUUAUGUUUCCCAAGGUUGAGUCUUCCACAAAAUAUUUUGCUUAUUGAAGACUUUUCAAGAGCAGGUCUGGUUUAAUGUUUUUCUUCAUGAAUUCUUCUGUUUGUAUCACCUGCUUAUUUUAAUCUCCAUUCUGUUUACAGUCA